GCAUCGAUAAACAAAAAGUUUUUGAUUUUCUGCGGUGUCUGCAUCUCAAUUUAGUGCGGGCUUAAUUUUUACAAAUUGCAGUGUUUUACCGGCUAAAUAUGGCCUUUUCCGCAUCAGGGCAGGUUUGCCGCUUUUGCGGCGGACAGAACGACGUAAUUGCUGACCUGAUCGAAACCGGACUGGGCGAGAAACUGGCGAAAUAUUUUCCGCUGAAGUUCGACACUGCUGAUCUUCUGCCAAAAAUGGCAUGUGCCGAAUGUGCCAGCACGAUCCAACAGAUGGAGGGCUUCGUGCUCAAGGCGCAGGAAGUAGAACGAGAUUUGCUUGAGCGGACAAGCCGACCAGCGACCAACAAUGUAGUGACUCCUUCGGAAAUUCGUUCUCUAGCCCAAAAAAUGACUACACAAAAGUCGACUCCAAAAGCAGCUUCGGUAAACGAAGUACUUCGGAAGCUUAACACCUCAUCCAUCGUGAUUAAAAAGGUCGAUAAAACAUUGAUUAAAAAAGAACCACCUCCGGUUAGAAGUAAACCGCGGCUCUACGAUGAUGAACCGCUUCUUAAAAUGAAAGUCGAAGUUCUUGACGAGGAACUCGACCAUCUAACGGCUAACGAUUUGGUUCACUACGAUGAUACAGACGAUGAUGAUGACGAGGGAGAAGUGCUGGCACGGAAGAGUUUCCGCAACAUCGAAUCGGUCAACAUCAAGGAAAUGCAUUCAACUGAUGAGGACAGCCAAGAUAUUUAUCCCGAAGAACGGCUGGAAAUCGAGAUGAGUCCGGAAGAAGCACAGGAUAAUCGCCGACCGCAGAGAGAGGUCGCUAGACAGCGUAAACGAUCUCCGGUGAAGCCCAAGCCUAAACGUCUUUCUGGUGCGAAAAGUGUCGUCAUCAAUUUGACGGAUCCGUGCAACUACGUCUGCGUGACGUGUAAAGGGAAAUUCAGUAGUUUUGAAGAACUGCAAGCCCACAUCGACGAGAGCAUAGCAUGUAAGAAGGUCAACAGCACGUGCGACCAGUGCGGAAAGGUUUGCGAUACGCGAAGAGCUUUGUAUCAGCACAAACUGACGCACCAGCCCAAGCCUCAGUUGAUUUGCGACCAGUGUGGGAAGUCCUACACUAAUUCGUUCAACUUGGAAAAUCACAAAAGUCAAGUGCACGGUGAGGAGUUUGAGGAGCUGGGCUACGUGUAUAAGUGCUGUGAACAAACAUUCCCAACUCGUCGUGAGCUUAACGAGCACAUUAAAACACAUAGUAAAAUUUUAAAUCUCCUGUGCGAUACAUGUGGUAAAUCAUUUACCUCCCAUAAGGCGCUUCGAUCACACGCGCAAGGCCAUUUGAACAUUAGGCCAUACUCGUGUGAUUUGUGCGACAAAGCGUUCCGCACCAAAUUGCUGCUAGUUCAGCAUUCGCAUGUUCACACUGGAAUUAAGGCUUUCAAUUGCGACGUGUGCGACAAAGCUUUUGCCAAGAAGGAUUCUCUCCGGAAGCAUUACAAAAUCCACUCGGAUGCGCCCGUCGCCUGGUCGUCAACUGGAGAGAAGAUUUCGGUCAAGCCCAUAGACCAACUGCAAGAGGAACAUUUGCAGUCAACACAUCCAUAUGUGGGCUACGUCGCCGAGAUGCAAACGCCCAUUUGAAAUGUUUAGAAGGUAAGUAAUUUUGCUGUCCAUUGCCUAGAGUCAACUGGAUAACUUAUAAGUGUAGCUCAUAAAACAAUAACUAAGAAA